UCAAACCAACAGUUCAACAGUUCCACCUUUUAUAACCUCUUCUCAGUCGACACUAGCUACGUUUAUUUUCUUCUUUUUAUUAAUUAAGUAGAAAUAUAUGAUAAUUAUUUGAAAGCGGGAUUCACCGGAGAGCAGACGAGGUCACAGUAGUCAUACUGGAUGGAUUAAUAGAUGGCGCUGUUGUCUGCAGGUUCAGUUAACUCCUGGUCUGGACGGACUUCAAACACUGUGACACAUAUAUUAACGUUAUAAACUGAUAAUUCUUCAGUAUAAAGUGGAAUAAAGUGUCUCUAAAAUGCUCCUGAAGAUCCAGUUUUUCGACAAUAGAAGAGUUGUUAACAGUUAUAUACCACCUGUGAGGCUGUGACACCAGACAGGUGAGGCUGUGACACCAGACAGGUGAGCAUAUCACUGUAUUUCAAGGAAAACUCUCACCUGACUGACUCAGCCACCCCUGAGGCAUGUUGUGUUAAAGAAACACCUAUGCAGGUGGAUCCUACACUAAUGAAUGUAGGGGAUGGAGGCACGGUGAGCAGAGAGAUCAGUGCUCCAAAUAAAGCGUCUGCUAGUAUGGUGGGAAAUCCCCCCCAGACGCUACCCCUUGAGUUUAGAGGAGAUGUUACCCUCAGUCAGCAAAACAAGACCACUCCAACAACAGACUGUAAGACAGCGAAAGCCUGCCUGGACACUAGCAAUUACAACCACAGCCCUGAGCUUUCUCCACCUCAACAGCCCAACAAUGCACCGACGGCCGGCUCAGAGAAGAGAGCAGACAAAAGGGCAGAGGCCCCUAAACUCAAGGCUGACGGUGCUGGGGUCUUCCCCGCUCCUCAGUGGUCAAGUGGCGUAAAGGUCAGCCGGGAGGACUCGCUCAACCCCUGUCACAGCAAUGUGACCUCCAGUAAGAAAUCACACCCUCAAACACAACCCGCGCAAAGUGUUCCACCUGGGUUUCAGUGCACCACUAUGUUUAAACCAGUCCAGCCUGUUGCCUUCCUCCCUUCCACUAAUUUCCCCUCUCCACUUUGUAAAAUCACUCUUCCACCAGCAUUGGGUCAGAUUGCAGCAUUGAGGGAAGCCACAGCCAGUCAGUUUCAGAAAGAAAUCCAGCCUCAAAGCUCAGGCGUCGGGGGGACACCUCUCCUGCGGACCUACCCCUACCCGUUCUCGGUGGGCCGGACUCCGGCAGCAGAGAAAAAAGCCGCCACAUCGUCGUCAAAACUUAAAUCUAACCAUUCAUCUAAUAAAAACGCCAAAUCUGUGGGAGAGCAUAAAUCUUUAGCCUCAGUGGUGGCCUCACCAGCUAUUGCCCUACCAUUGCAGCACCCUUCAUUAACUCCUGCAGCACCCACCCGCUACACGCUGUCUCCCACUGCUGCCAUUUGCUGUGGCUCUGCGCUGGCCAGCAUCACCUCUCAGAGCAGACUGCUGAACCAUGUGGACAAAGGCAACAGCAUAGACAAGGCAACCACGGGCUCUCUGAAAACGUCACCUCCCUCUGCUUCAGAGGACCACACAGCUUGUUCUGUUGAACCGAGAGAUGUACCUCUUGAUUUAUCGGCUAAAUCGAAACGUCCAAAAUGCGUAAAUGACCCUCCAGUUACGAUGAUUGAGCCUCAUAAUAAUGAGUCGAAUCAGAGAGAUUUUCUAAACUCAAAGAGGGCUCAUUCUACAGCUUAUAGCUCAGCUGUGCAAUACCCGAUCUUACCCAACACCCACAGAAAUGGAUCCCAUCAAAAGCAGGUAAAUAGGCCUCAGAAUCACCUGGUCCCAGAGCCCAAACCAACCUGGGGUAAGGGAUCUCCACAAGACUCCAUAAAAAACAUCCCUGGAACGUAUGUAGGUGUGGCGAGCCCCAUACUGGCUUCUACUCUACGGGGCAAAGACGGAAAAGGGGCUUUUGCAGAUGAGUUUCAGAGUUUCGCGAAGCAGGAGUUUAUAUCUAUAAUCGACCAAGGAGAGCAUCUGGCCUCAGGGGGAAAGAAGCCAUCCUGUCUGAUGAAGGGCAACCAGCACGCUCACAGUGUCAAGCAUGUUAAAAACACCAGCACAGCCAUAACUAAGAACUGUCCCUCUAAAGGAGCCCUAACGACCGCCCUGUCGAGCUCCGCCAGCGCUCCGACUCAUCAGAAAUCUGGAGCUGGCAAAGCAGCGGUGCCGUACUCCACCACUGUCGUCACUCCAGCUUGGCAGCAGCCACCUCAUCUUCUGCAUCAAGCCUCACCCGUUCAGAGAAAAAACACACAAGGAUCUCCAAAGACGAAGGGCACCACAGCUACAGAGGGAUCGAAGUUUCAGAGUGCCCAUCACAGCCCGUCCAAACCCGAGGACGAUAAGUGGGAGAGAAUGAAGUCUCCCCUGUCCAACCUCGCGUCCAUCGUCAAGCAGCAAGCUCUCGAAACAACAGCACCGACGGGCGAGGGCAACGCUCAAGCCUCACCUGUUGCUUCAAGAAAAGCCGAUGUUCUGAAUCCACUCUCUGUGAGCCCGACCCAAUCCAAACAUGCUUUUGAAUACCCACCAUACUGGUCUGUGGCUGGUGGGCCACCUCAAGGAGAUUCAACUCUAGCUAUGAAGAGGCAUGAGAAGGCGAACGCCGCUGAGCUUUUGGAGAAUAAUACAGAGUUAAACACCAGCCAGGGAGAACAUGCGGGACUACAAGCGAAGCAAGGCUCCUCGAAGCCUGCCGGCCUUCUCUUUGGGACCAAUGCAUCAACAAAUGGGAACAGGAUGGAGAGCAAGCUGGCCCAGGUGUUAGAGGGGGAGAUGUUGAAGAAAGAAAGUGGGGCGUCAGACAGUCCUCCCGGUGACAAAUUGGAGGGCAUGGUCGCGUCCAUUCUUACAGGCCAGUGUGCGGCGGGAGGCGACAAGUUUGAAAAGAAAACAAACGGAACCAAAGAGGAGUCGCCGACCAAAGCGAAAGCUGCUGCCGUCAAACAAAAGAAAACCGGUCCUAAGAAGCCAGCAAAGGAGAAGUCACCACCGGACUCAUCAAAGAAGGCUGCAAGAAAGAAAAAGCAAGAUGCAGAGAACACGCCAACCAAAGUGUCUUGUCAAAAGAAGCAGAAGAAACAGUGUGCACCUGUGCUGGAGGAGAGUCCGUCGGCGGGGAAACUUUCUCCACAGAGUAAAGAGACGACUCCGAGGGACAAGAUGGGUCCCAACAAGGUUGAGCAGCCAACCCGCACCAAAUCAGUUACAGAUAGCGGCGGCAGUGCUCAGAGUGCAGAGACUCCCGCGUCUCUCAGUCGUAAGGAGGCUGACGCUACAGGGAGCUCCUUCCCAAGACUGAGGAGAGGACGACGGCGAGCCGAUGAGGCUCGACUCGACCUCUGGGGCUUUGCAACGCCUUCCCCUCCACCCCCACAAAUGCCUCCUCCCCCAGUUUCCCCGUCACCCCCCAUGACUCCCACCCAACCCGCCCGCCGUCCGAGAGGGAGGCCUCGCUCAAACCCCCUGCCGGAGCGAGUGAUUCAGGGUAAGGGCAAGACAGAGGGCGACACACCCGCUCCUAAGAAACGCCGGCGAUGUCGUAGCAAAAAGUAUCAGACCGGGGAUUACAUCACUGAGAAAGACAAGCUGGAAGACGGAGAGCACCUUGAGGAAUCCCUGAGACAGGACAGCGGAGUCCCAGCAGAUCCACAGGCGGAGCAGUGUCCGAGUCCCAACGCCUGCAGUCCAGAGCAUCCUACACGGAGACCCUCGUUCACUCGCUCGGGGUCGGUCCGCUACCAGGAGAGCGAGGUAUCUCCAGAGUGCAACGACAAGCCUUCGGGGAAGAGGAAGUUCAAAAGCAAGCACUUGAGUGACAACGACGAGCAGAAGGAGCCGAAGGAGCCGAAGGAGCCGAAGGAGCCGAAGGUAGGACACUCGCUGAAGAUUAAGACCAAACGCAGCAGCUUGGGUAAGCGUGCUGCCUCGCUGGCCCUGGAUGAUGACGGUGCUGAUGUAAAAAGAACAGAAAGCCUCCCACCCACUCAGAAAGGUUUGCCAUCAUGUCCAUCCAAUAAGAAAGGCUCGUCGGGGAGAAGCAGCGGCUCAGAGUCUCCACCCAAAAGGGCCGUUCCUCCGGAGGUUCGUCGGUUGAUUGUCAACAAAAACGCCGGGGAGACUUUGCUGCAACGCGCUGCACGCUUGGGCUAUCAGGAUGUAGUUCAGUACUGUCUCGAAAAGGACAUCAGGGAGGUGAAUCGGCGCGAUAAUGCCGGUUACACAGCUCUCCACGAGGCGUCCUCUCGAGGCUGGACUCAGAUUGUCCAGAUGCUGCUGAAACACGGCGCCGACGUCAACUGUAGCGCCCAGGAUGGGACACGGCCCCUUCACGACGCAGUAGCGAGCGAUAACCUGCCUAUAGUCUGGUUGCUCCUGAACCACGGCGCUGACCCGACGCUGGCCACCUACUCUGGACACACUCCGGUCAAACUGGCACACAGCCCGAGCAUGAAGACCUUCCUCACAGAUUAUUUCACAGACCUGGAAGACCGCAAAGAACGGGAUCCCAGUUCACCCUGGGAUUUCUACAGUACCUCCCUGUUUGAGACCGACCAGGAGCCGUGCUGGGACUUCCUGCUGUCGGAGCAGAAUCAGGACCUGGAGGAAGACACGACAGGAAAGACUGAGCCGGACUCGGACAAAGACUGCCUCCUGUUUGAGUUCUCCUCCGAGCCUCUCUUACCCUGCUAUCAUGUUCAGGUGUCAUUAACCCAGGGCUUUUGCAACUGGUUCCUCCUGACGGAUGUCCUAAAGCGUCUGAAGAUGUCGGCGCGGAUCUUCCGGGCGCGUUACCCGCACCUGGAGGUGGUGAGUCUGUCCUGUGCGGAGCUCUGGAAGCAGGUAUCGAUCAGCCAGGUGAGUUCCGCUUUAGCUUCAUCUUACAAAGGCAAAAACAACAAGGAGGAGGAGGAGGAAGAGAAGGAGGAGGAAGCAGAAGAGGGACUUGUGGAUCUGGUGCGAUGUGUACCAGAGCUCCAGAGACUACUGGGCUCCUCCAUUCACAUCCUGCAAGAGGAUGAGGAGGAGGAGAUGGAGGAAGAGGAGGAAGAGACACUGACGAACACGGGCAAGCCUCGCAGCCGAUAGCCUCUCUUUCACCGCGCUCCUCCACCUGUCGUCAACCCGUGUCCUUCCCUGCAAGCAGCAGCUCAAAGGAAACCUCUCCGUCCGACGUAACGAGGGUCAUCAUGGGUUUUAACUCCAGCAGACAGUAAUGACACUCCACCUAUAACCUUUGACCUCAGACAGAAGGCGAUUAAGUGAUCACAAGGACCUGCACAUGGGAGUGGUCGGUGCUGGAAAGCAGCUUUCAGGUUCCUAUCAAUAGGUAUAUUUGAAUACAUGAGAACUAUUGACCUUUUGUAUUGAUAAUGUAUGUACAUGGUAGUGUAUAUGUAUAUCUUGCCAUCAGGGUUAAAACAUUUGGUUAUAUAAAUGUAUUCUUGUGGCAAAGGAUGAAUUAUGUUUAGGACCUUUUUUGUUUUGUUCCCGAGGGAAAGCGAUAUUUUUUUUCGACGGGAGAUCAAGACUUUUAUCUUGGUGAACUCUUGCGUAGACGCUUGAAGUCAGGGAGGCCACUGGCCCGGAUGGUUCUGGCUCCGUCAGCCUGGGAGACCUGGAGACGAGACGAGACGAGACCACGGCACAUAAACAUAAUCAGAGCCUCAUUUUUAUCCUCUUGUUUUCACUUCCUGGAGAGACCAUUACCGGACGGACCUAGUAGCUUAAGAUGUUUGUUUUUUCCUCCACAUUUCACAAAUUGAGCGCGGGCAGCACUGAGCUGUCGACGUCCCCGUUCACACUAUGAAAUCGUGUCUUUUUGAGAUAGUUUGUUUACAGAGCUGGACAGAUAGUGUUCUCCACUCCCCCAGGUUGCACUCCUCCUGAACUGAUACAGAAUCCUGUGGAUCUCUCUCAGAGGAAACGUAGUCUCCAUCUCUCCGGAGUCCAGAGGCUGAGAGACGCCCUCUUAAACUGCAGCCACGUCCCGAUACGGUGUUCCCAGAUCCCAGAGUGCUUUGUGUUGCAGUGUUUUAUUUACACUGUUUGUUGUGCUUAAUUUAAUAGUCAUUAAUAUAUUUGACCUCUUGUGUAUCUGACAAGCCUAUCUAUGAAAAAAAAAUUUGCUUUGUAAUGGUUGGUGCUUCAUUUUGAAAAUGUACUUAUUAGGAUCCCUUUAUUCUGAGAUUUUCCUCCCUCAUUCAAGAACAGUAUUUCAACAAAAAAAAAAAAAAAAAGCUAAAGUACAGUUUUAUUGUACUGGUGCUAAGACAGAUUUUGUGUUGACAAUCAAUGAUGUUUUGGUUUGAAGUCACAAACUAAUAAAAAGAUAUUUAAGACGAAGAGACUUAAGGUGUAAAGAAAAGUAUAGUUUAGUUAAAGAGAAACGGGAUACAACACGACUGAAAGACUGAGCAGUGUGUGAAGAGCCUUUUAUUUGAUUCUUUUAUAAGAAAUCAACAAGAAUAAAGCAUGAUUGUGAAUCAUA